AUGAUCAGACGAAUAGCUAGAGCGAAUUCAAAUAUGAGCAGAGCAAGACUUCUUUCAACUUCUACUCCCCAGAUCAUGGCCCAGGGUGCUUCCACAGCCCUCGAACACAACUGUCUGCUAGACAUCGACGCCUCCCAGCGACCCCACCGAGGCUCCCACAUUGUCUGCACCAUUGGCCCAGUCUCUCGAUCCGUCGAAAAGCUCACUGAAUUGAUUGAAGCUGGCAUGGACAUUGUCCGAAUGAACUUCUCCCACGGAACCCACGACUACCACCGCGAGACCAUCCUCAACGUCCGAAAAGCCAUCGACAAUCUUCGAGCCAAGAAGACUCUCUUCAAGCCCGUUGCCAUUGCCCUCGACACCAAGGGACCUGAAAUCCGAACCGGUCUCCUCGUUGGCGGCGGCUCCGCCAUUGUCACUCUCGUCAAGGGCGAGAAAAUCACCCUUUCCCUAGACGAAGCCGACUUCGAAAAGGGCACCAAGGACAAGAUCUACGUCGAUUACAAGAACCUUUCCAAAGUUAUCAAGAAGGGUGACUUGAUCUUCAUCGACGAUGGUCUUAUUUCCGUCAAAGCCGUCGAUGUCAAGCCAAAUGCCAUCGUCUGCGAAAUUCAGAACGGUGGAGAACUCGGAUCUAAGAAGGGAUGCAACUUGCCCGGAAUCGAAGUUGAUCUCCCUGCUGUUUCCGAGAAGGACAAGGCUGACUUGCUCUUCGGUGUUGAAAUGGGAGUCGACAUGGUCUUCGCUUCAUUCAUCCGAAAAGCUGCUGAUGUCAUGGCUGUCCGCGAUGUUCUUGGAGAAGAAGGAGCUGCUAUCAAAAUCAUUUCCAAAAUCGAAAACCACGAAGGUGUUCGGAAAGUCAGCGAAGUCAUCGAGGCCUCCGACGGAAUCAUGGUUGCCCGAGGCGACAUGGGAAUCGAAAUCCCCGCUGAGAAGGUCUUCCUUGCACAGAAAAUGAUCAUCGGCCGAUGCAAUGUUGUUGGCAAGCCAGUCAUCUGUGCUACCCAGAUGUUGGAAAGCAUGACUUCCAAGCCUCGACCUACUCGAGCUGAAGUCAGUGAUGUCGCCAACGCAGUUUUGGACGGCGCUGAUUGCGUCAUGCUUUCUGGCGAAACCGCAAAGGGUGAGUACCCAGUCGAAGCUGUCCAGAUGAUGGCAAGAAUCGCCCGAGAUGCCGAGAGCGCUAUCUUCACCGAACAGACCUUCGCCGACAUCAAGGCUAACACUGGCGUCAGCAAGGAGUGGACCGAAGUCAUCGGCUCCUCCGUCGUCGAAGCCGCCAACAAGUGCAACGCCGCCGCAAUUGUUGUUCUUACCCGCACUGGUGAUUCCGCUCAGCGAAUUUCCAAGUACCGACCCGCCUGCCCGAUCCUCGCUGUCUCCCGAUUCGAGCAGACUGCUCGACAAUGCUACCUCCACCGAGGAGUUCACCCUCUCCUCUACACCGAACCCGUCCAGAGCAAAUGGGAAGAUGACAUUGAAGCCCGAGUUCAGUUUGCGUUCAAAUCCGCCCUCGAUCGAGGUUUUGUCAAAGCCGGCCAAAUCGCAGUCGUCGUCAACGGCUGGGCGCGCGGAAAAGCGCAGACAACAAAUACCAUGCGUCUCAUGACCAUUUCUGCCUGA